GGAUCGAGCACGCUGGAUCCUAGAGGAUCACAAAGAUCUGGUCGGACCUGGGUCAGGACUCGGACGUUAUGGAGCCGGUACCGGGACAGUUUGAUGACGCAGAGGAGGACAGCCAAUCAGAGGUGAGGGCUGUGCAGAGCCAGGUGUGUGAUGUCACCAUGCAGGACAGCGAGGAGGAGGAGGAGGAGGAGGAGGAGGAGGACGAUGAUGAUGAUGAUGAAGAGUGGGCGUGGCGAGCAUCAGGGGAUCUGACCAAACGAUACAACAGGACGUCUGUCAACAGUCAGAUGAACAAACAGAAUCCGUCCAAUAAGGGGCUGCCGUCGUCCACGCCGUCCGACAAAGCUCUGAGGAAGUACGAGCACAAGAUCAACCUAGAUCGGUUGAACCUGGCGGACUCGGUGAUCAAUAAAGUGACGACGAAGCAGAAGCAGAAAGACGCUGACACGUACCGAGUCAAGGACAAAUCAGAUCGUGCCACGGUGGAACAGGUUUUAGAUCCUCGAACUCGAAUGAUUCUGUUUAAGAUGCUGAGCCGAGGCGUCAUCGCCCAGAUCAACGGCUGCAUCAGCACCGGCAAGGAGGCUAACGUGUACCACGCCAGCACGGCGAGCGGAGAGAGUCGAGCCAUAAAAAUCUACAAGACGUCGAUUCUUCUGUUUAAAGACCGAGACAAAUACGUCAGCGGAGAGUUCAGGUUCCGUCAUGGUUACUGUAAAGGGAACCCCAGGAAGAUGGUGAGAACGUGGGCCGAGAAAGAGAUGAGGAACCUCAUCAGGCUACAGACGGCGGGGAUCCCGAGUCCAGAACCUCUUCUUCUCAGGAGUCACGUUCUGCUGAUGAGCUUCAUUGGAAAAGAGAACAUGCCGGCUCCUCUGCUGAAGAACGCGGCGCUGUCAGAGUCCAAAGCUCGAGAACUUUAUCUUCAGGUUCUUCAACACAUGAGGAGAAUGUUCCACGAAGCUCGACUCGUCCACGCUGACCUCAGCGAGUUCAACAUGCUGUAUCAUAACGGAGACGCUUACAUCAUCGAUGUUUCUCAGUCGGUGGAACACGAUCAUCCUCACGCCCUCGAGUUCCUGAGGAAGGACUGCAGCAACGUCAACGAGUUCUUCGUGAAGCACGACGUCGCCGUCAUGACGGUCCGAGAACUCUUCGACUUCGUCACCGACCCGUCGAUCACGCCUCACAACAUCGACCAAUACCUGGAGAAGGCGAUGGCGAUCGCCGCUGACCGUACGUUGCAGCAGAGAUCAGAUCAGGACGGAGUGGACGAAGAGGUGUUUAAGAAGGCGUACAUCCCUCGCACGCUGACUGAGGUCAGCCACUACGAGCGAGACGUCGACCUGAUGAGGACGAAGGAGGAAGACUUGGCCAUCAGUGGUCACCACGACAACGUUCUGUAUCAGACGCUGACCGGACUGAAGCAGGAUCUAUCUGGAGUUCAGAGGGUUCCCGCUCUGCUGGAGGACGAACACUCUUCAUCCUCAGACGAGGAAGAGGAGGAGGAGGAGGAGGACGAGGAGGAGCAGAAGGAGGAGGAGGAGGAGCAGAGUGAGGAAUCGCCGAUGGACAAAAAGGAGAAGAAGAAGCAGGUGAAAGAGGCUCAGAGAGAAAAGAGGAAAACCAAAGUCCCGAAACACGUGAAGAAGAGGAAGGAGAAAGUGUCCAAGAUGAAGAAGGGCCGAUGACGACUUCCUGUGUGUCAUCAGUCCUCCAGAGGCAAACAGCCAAUCAGCUCUCAGACUCACCUGUUCACAAUGACCAAUCAGGAGUCAGUGUUUAUAUGAAAUGUGUCAGCUCACAGCUGAUUGGUUCCCGUUGGAAUCAGCUGACAGGAAGGAACUACUUUUAACGAUCGCUGUGAUGAGGCUGCGUGUUUAUAAAAAAUCAUCCAAAAACCUCC